AUGCCCAAUACCACUUUUGAUCCUACCAGCUGUAAAACGGACGACUAUAAGAACUUCUUGUCCUGUGCGACCGACAACGGUAAUCGCAGUCAUGUACAUUGCUGCAAGACGCAGCUGGUGCCAUCUUUCUGCUACGAUUUCUGCUCAGGAGAUUUCAAGAUGCUCCGUCGAUCUCAUCGUCUGUGCCUCUACUACCUGCCGGAGAUUUUCGAAUGCUACAACCGAGCCUACCGUAUGUCUAUCAAUCCACCUUUAGAGCAUUACCGAAGUCGUGACAGCAUCCCUUUGACUUCGUUCUCAUCGAAUAACAAGGGGCAGAACUCUAGUGGCACGGGGUCCCACGGAGGUGCUAGCUAA